GAGAGAGAGAGAGAAUGGAGCAGUCUUGGUUGGAGUGUGAGAGAGUGAGAAUGGAGCAGUCUUGGUGGGAGACAGGGAGAGAGAGAGAGAGAGAGAGAAUGGAGCAGUCUUGAUGGGUGGGAGAGAGAGAGAGAGAGAAUGGAGCAGUCUUGGUGGGGGAGAGAGAGAGAGAAUGGAGCAGUCUUGGUGGGAGAGAGAGAGAGAGAAUGGAACAGUCUUGGUGGGAGAGAGAGAGAGAGAAUGGAGCAGUCUUGGUGGGAGAGAGAGAGAGAAUGGAGCAGUCUUGUUGGUAGAAAGAGAGAAUGGAGCAGUCUUGGUGGGAGAGAGAGAGAGAGAAUGGAGCAGUCUUGGUGGGAGAGAGAGAGAGAGAGAAAGAGAGAAUGGAGCAGUCUUGGUGGGAGAGAGAGAGAGAAUGGAGCAGUCUUGGUGGGAGAGAGAGAGAGAGAGAGAAUGGAGCAGUCUUGGUGGGAGAGAGAAAGAGAAUUGAGUAGUCGGUGGGAGAGAGAGAGAGAGAGAAUGGAGCAGUCUUGGUGGGAGAGAGAAAGAGAGAUAAUGGAGCAGUCUUGGUGGGAGAGAGAGAGAGAGAGAAUGGAGCAGUCUUGGUGGGUGUGUGAGAGAGUGAGAAUGGAGCCGUCUUGGUGGGAGACAGAGAGAGAGAGAGAGAGAGAAUGGAGCAGUCUUGGUGGGUGGGAGAGAGAGAGAGAAUGGAGCAGUCUUGGUGGGGGGGGGAGAAUGAGAAUGGAGCUGUCUUGUUGGGAGAGAGAGAGAGAAUGGAGCAGUCUUGGUGGGUGGGAGAGAGAGAAAGAGAGAGAAUGGAGCAGUCUUGGUGGGAGAGAGAGAGAGAAUGGAGCAGUCUUGGUGGGAGUGAGAGAGAGAAUGGAGCGGCCUUGGUGGGAGAGACAGAGAGAGGGAGAAUGGAGCGGUCUUGGUGGGAGAGAGAGAGAGAGAGAGAAUGGAGCAGUCUUGAUGGGAGAGAGAGAGAGAGAGAGAAUGGAGCAGUCUUGGUUGGAGUGUGAGAGAGUGAGAAUGGAGCAGUCUUGGUGGGAGACAGGGAGAGAGAGAGAGAGAGAGAGAGAGAGAGAGAGAGAGAGAGAGAGAGAGAGAGAGAGAAUGGAGCAGUCUUGAUGGGUGGGAGAGAGAGAGAGAGAUAAUGGAGCAGUCUUGGAGGGGGAGAGAGAGAGAGCAUGGAGCAGUCUUGGUGGGAGAGAGAGAGAGAGAAUGGAGCAGUCUUGGUGGGAGAGAGAGAAUGGAGCAGUCUUGGUGGGAGAGAGGGAGAGAGAGAAAGAGAAUGGAGCAGUCUUGGUGGGAGAGCGAGAGAGAGAGAAUGGAGCAGUCUUGGUGGGUGUGUGAGAGAGUGAGAAUGGAGCAGUCUUGGUGAGAGAGAGGGAGGGAGAAAGAGAAAGAGAAUGGAGCAGUCUUGGUGGGAGAGAGAGUAUGGAGAAGUUUUUGUGGGAGAGAGAGAGAGAGAGAAUGGAGCAGUCUUGGUGGGAGAGAGAGAGAGAGAGAAUGGAGCAGUCUUGGUGGGUGUGUGAGAGAGUGAGAAUGGAGCCGUCUUGGUGGGAGACAGAGAGAGAGAGAGAGAGAGAGAGAGAAUGGAGCAGUCUUGGUGGGUGGGAGAGAGAGAGAGAAUGGAGCAGUCUUGUUGGGGGAGAGAGAGAGAGAAUGGAGCAGUCUUGUUGGGAGAGAGAGAGAGAAUGGAGCAGUCUUGGUGGGUGGGAGAGAGAGAAAGAGAGAGAAUGGAGCAGUCUUGGUGGGGGAGAGAGAGAGAAUGGAGCAGUCUU